AUGACUGCCCGGCGAAACGGACUUGGCCCCGUGGUCCUCUUUGCAACCGCGUGCUGGUUGGUGGAUGUGUGGACAGCCUCGCCUACUGGCAAGCUCCCCCGUGACCUCGCGCUGGCAGUGGCCGAUGAGGCGCCGGCGGACGACGGCGGCUUCUUCACCAAGGUUUUUGCCGCAGCCGCACAGGGCUGCACGGCCGCUUUGGUGGCCGCCAUCCUCUCCGCCAUGUGCGAGCCACUAGUGAACAGGCUGCUGGUGAAGCGCAUGACAGUGGCCCAGGCCUACAGCGAAGUUAAUUUCAGCUUGGUAUCCAACUUCUUCCUCACGACCUUCCCGACCAACAUGCUGAAGUUCCCUGUCUUUGAGGUCAUCAACAGGGCCAUGAUGUACACUAGCCUCUCCUCCGGCGUGAGCGGACUCAUUAGCGGCUGGCUCUUCUGCACCAUCAUGCUUCCCGUCACCAACUACCGCUUCCGGAAGAGCAUGGGCUGGGAGAUCAAGGCCUCCCUGCUGUACCAGGCCUACAUCCCCACGGUUGCCCGAGACAUCAUCUACGGCUGGGCUCGUGGGUUGGCUGGACCCUUCAUCCAGGAUGCUAUCGCACCGACUACCUUCACGCACAAGGCCAUGGUCUUUGGGCUGACCAUCUGGGCUUCCUGCAUCAUCUCCUCCCCCUGCAAUGAGUGGCGUGGAUACACCCUGCAGCCCCCGGACAAGAAGUUGCCUUUCAACAUCUACUUCAAGCCCAUCAACUACGCACGCUCCACGGGCAUUGGCUCCACCAUCAUGGGGAUUGCUCUGAUGAUCGGCAUGUUGGUGACGCCCUACGCAGAGGAGGCCUUCGCCUACAUGAAGGAGCACACCGCCGUUGCCAUGGCCAUUGUUGCGGUGCUGAUCAUCCUGAUUGUGACCUUUUCCAAGUAA